GGUAAAUCCAGUAGAAUAGGACGGUAGAUGCGCCUGCAGUGUGCUGGUUGGUCAAACCCUCUUCCUUCCUGCACACCUUGCAGAACUCAUCCGAUACGAAAAAGUAGAUCUAGCAGAAAUGGGAAGAUGCUGAUUCCGCUUCCUUCAAGCAUAUAGCUUCCAUUUGUUCUUCUCCAAAUAGAAUCUACAAAGGAGGAGGAGGAAGAAGAACGCAGCUGACCGAAAUGGACAGCACUCGAGAAGAAGAGAUCUCAGUUUCACUACUCACCCACGAGCUCUCCACCUCUGCGUCAUCGGCGAAAUCUCCACCGUGGCAAGAGGAGGGAGUGGAGGAGGAGGAGAACUCGCCGAUCGAGCAGGUGGCGCUGACUGUGCCUGUGGAAGAUGACCCCGCGACGCCGGUGCUGACGUUCCGGAUGUGGGUCCUGGGAACCGCGUCCUGCGUGCUGCUCUCCUUCCUGAACCAGUUCUUCUGGUACCGAAAGGAGCCGCUGUCCAUCACCUCCAUCUCGGCGCAGAUCGCGGUGGUGCCGCUGGGCCACCUCAUGGCCUCCACCAUCACCGACCGCGUCUUCUUCAAAGGAAGCCGGUGGGAGUUCACGCUCAACCCGGGGCCCUUCAACAUGAAGGAGCACGUCCUCAUCACCAUCUUCGCCAACUCCGGCGCCGGCAGCGUCUACGCCAUCCACGUCGUCACCGCCGUCAAGAUAUUCUACCAGAAGCACAUCACCUUCUUCGUCUCUUUCCUCGUCGUCAUCACCACGCAGGUGUUGGGCUUCGGAUGGGCGGGGAUAUUCCGGCGGUAUCUGGUGGAGCCGGCGGCCAUGUGGUGGCCCUAUAACUUGGUGCAGGUCUCCUUGUUCAGGGCCCUGCACGAAAAAGAAGAAAGGGUCAAAGGUGGCAUGACUCGGAACCAGUUCUUCAUGGUGGCAUUUGUUUGCAGCUUUGCCUACUAUGUUUUCCCAGGCUACCUUGUCUCCAUGCUCACCUCCCUCUCUUGGGUCUGUUGGAUCUUCCCCCAGUCCAUCCUUGCCCAGCAGCUGGGUUCUGGUCUCUAUGGCCUUGGCAUCGGUGCCAUUGGCUUGGACUGGUCCACCAUCUCCUCAUACAUAGGCAGCCCCCUUGCCAGCCCUUGGUUUGCCACUGCCAAUGUUGCAGCUGGUUUUGUGCUCAUCAUGUAUGUCAUCACACCAAUUUCAUAUUGGCUCAACCUCUACAAGGCAAAGACCUUCCCUAUCUUCUCGGAUGGACUUUUCACAUCAACUGGGCAGGGUUACAACAUCUCCAGCAUCAUCGACUCCAACUUCCACCUUGACAUUAUGGCCUAUGAAAAGAAUGGUCCACUCUACUUGAGCACAUUCUUUGCAGUGACUUAUGGUAUCGGCUUUGCGUCUCUCACGGCUACCAUUUCUCAUGUUCUUCUCUUUCACGGAAGUGAAAUAUGGCAAAUGAGCAAGUCAGCAUUCAAAGAGAAGAAGAUGGAUAUCCAUACCAAACUCAUGAGCAGAUAUGACCAGGUGCCCCAGUGGUGGUUUAUUGCUGUCCUUAUUGCCAACAUUGCUCUUACCAUCUUUGCAUGUGAGUACUACAUCGAUCAGCUCCAGCUUCCAUGGUGGGGUGUAUUAUUAGCCUGCUUCAUCGCCAUUUUCUUCACACUCCCCAUUGGGAUCAUCACAGCCACCACAAACCAGACACCAGGCUUAAACAUUAUUACAGAGUAUAUUAUGGGGUACUUGUACCCUGGACGCCCAGUCGCAAACAUGUGCUUUAAAGUAUAUGGGUACAUCAGUAUGACACAGGCAUUGACAUUCUUGCAAGACUUCAAAUUGGGGCACUAUAUGAAGAUACCACCCAGAACCAUGUUCAUGGCUCAGGUUGUAGGCACUGUAAUUGCUGCAAUGGUUUAUUUGGGUACUGCAUGGUGGCUUAUGGAAACAAUUCCUGACAUCUGCAACAAAGAGCUCCUGCCUUCAGACAGUCCAUGGACCUGCCCCGGUGACCAUGUCUUCUACGAUGCCUCUGUCAUAUGGGGUCUUAUUGGUCCACGCCGGAUAUUUGGAGACCUCGGCACCUACUCCAACGUCAACUGGUUCUUCCUGGCUGGUGCACUGGCACCUGUGCUCGUCUGGUUUGGACACAAGGCCUUUCCAAACCAGGAAUGGAUCCGUCUCAUAAACAUGCCAGUAUUGAUUGGUGCCACCGGAUCCAUGCCUCCGGCAACGGCUGUGAAUUAUAUUACAUGGAUCAUUGUCGGCUUCUUGUCAGGCUACGUGGUCUACAGGUACAGGAGAGAUUGGUGGCAGCGGCACAAUUAUGUGCUCUCAGGUGCUCUGGACGCUGGGCUGGCAUUCAUGGGAGUGUUGCUGUACCUGUGCUUGGGGCUGGAGAACGUCAAUCUCAGUUGGCCGGGAAAUGACUUGGAUGGGUGUCCUCUGGCUUCCUGCCCGACAGCCAAGGGUGUUGUUAUUGAAGGUUGCCCAGUCUUUUGAUGUUUGUUUAGCUGCAAAACCUUGUGUUGUAGUAAAGUAUGCAUUCAAGCAACAGUGGAGAUAGAAAAGCAUUUAAUCAAAUAUGUAAAUUGCAUACAAAUUAGUGAACAUGAUUUCUCCCUCAACUUAUGUGAAUCUAUGAAAUGGCUGCUGUUAUUCA